GCUAGAUUCGGCCCCUUUCACUCUUUGCGCUUUAUCGGCGGCCCGUUUCAGCGCAUGUGCUUCCCAAAAUCUCCUUUGGGACCCGAAAGUUUGCGACGGAUUGUCCAUGAAACAUUGUUAUACAUCGAAAUUCCGGCCAAUGGGACCUCGUUACAUAGAGGUCAAAAAUACAUGGCGUGCAUAGACUUACGGUUAGAAAAAGUUAUGUAAUUCGUUACAUCGGGGGUUUUGUUACAUAGAAGCUUGUUACAUUUAGGUCUGACUGUAUUCAGACCCAAAACUGAGAAUGCACGGUGUGGUGGCAACAUAGGCGGCGCGGAGGCGGUUUUAACCGUUGCCGCUGCGGCAGCAUUUCUGUUUACUACACGCAUCACUUGAGAGCGACAAUUUACGUGAAAUUAAUUACUUUUCACUUAGCAAAUUCGUAAUACCUGUCAUUUUUGCUUUGUGCGGAAAGAAACACAUUGAACACAUAGAGAUUGGCCAAGACUUAAUUUUUUUUGUUAAACGGGCGUUUCUCUAGUAGUGGUGUUUGUUAUGAAGGUGUUUGACUGUACAACAGACAAAAUUCGGAUGCUGCAUUGACAGCGAUGCUCACUCUUGCUCAUGCUUUUUUCCCAAACCUCUACGGUCAACCGCCAGGAUUGUGACAUCCGACAGCUGACACGCCUUCUCCUUUAUGCAAUUUGCCACUUCAGAACCACUUUCAACGAAUGGUCAAGAUAGGAUGGCACGGAGGUGCUCCUGUUUGGCACGGGCGGCGAGACCCACGGCGGGUCACUGUGGCGGUUGCGGCUGCGCGACCUGCUCGACGGCCACAUGUCUCGGGCAAGGGCCGUGUACACGGACCCGGACAAGGGCGUGAUGACGCCCCCCGCCCUCGUGGACGUGACGGGAGACGGCGUGGCAGACGUGGUCUCAGCCAUGUUCAACUCGACGGUGGUGGCCCUGGAUGGCGUCACCUUCCGCCGCCUCUGGAGUCACAGCUUCCCGCAGUCCGAGUCGUACAGCACACCUGCCGUGGGCUACUUCGACGGCGACGACACGCCGGACGUUAUGGUGACCUACCAGACGGGCCCGGGCUUCCCGGUCUACUUCUAUUCGCAGACCACUGUGCUGGAUGGCCGCACAGGCAGGCCACUGCUCGCGAGGCCCCUGCGGGCCGCUGUGGGCACCCAGGCGUCCCCACUGGCCGUCAGCCUGGAGGGCCGGGGCCGCGACCUCUUCCUCUACUGGCUCUCCGACUGCCACGGGACCCACCGGCCGCUGCCCUUCCGCUUUGCCCAGGGCACCAGCGUGUUCCAGCAGAGCCGGGCGGACUUCUGCCGGCUGCGCUUUAAGGACGCCCUCUUUACGCGCCUCUACGCCCUUAGCAGUGUCACCCACCCGCCGGGCAUCUUGGUUUAUGACUCUGACGACAAGAGGGACCUGGAGUACGCAGGGCUGCCCAACUUCACCGCAAUCGGCGCCCGCUUUCUGGAGGAGCAUCCAGGGUUCCGUUCAGGUGACAUCCCAUUGCGGAGGCGGCGUCAUGUGGGUCCCCACGACGGAGGAGGGGUGCAGCGCACCAUCUCGACCGGCACCCUGCUGCCUUCGUUGGGGCCACACUCGGCGCACAGCGUGGACCUUGCCUUCGCCACCUUCUGGUUCCACCCGAGCAGCGCCAGGGCGCUUUCGCCGGCCGAGAGGCGCUGCCUCGAUGCGCUGCGUGAGCAAGAGGACCAGCGCUUUCUGCCACAAAGCCCCCUGUUCGGGCUGGACCACGACGCGUACGAGGCCCUGGCGGCCUCCCAGUGCCUGGGGGACGGGGCCUCUGAGGAGGACUCCUACGACCCCUUUGAUCGGCCCAUGGGCCAGAUGACCGUGUACCGGGUGCGCCUCAGCUGCCCCCACAUGCUGCCCUUCGAGCGCCAGCGCUGGCCGGCCUACAUGGGCGCCCUGGCAGACGGAUACGCCCGCCCCUAAACGCACCCCCCGACCGGUCCGCAGCAGUACGCCUUGCCGACAAUCAACGCACAGAGAUCGUGGAUGGAAAUGGAAACGCCACAAGUCGGGCACAUCGCAGUGCCCAGGGGUGCCCUUUCAGGGUGCCCAGGAGUGACCCUACUUGCCCUGCGGCUCUGCACUCUGGAGCUGCUACAGGCACCCCCGGAAGGAUAGAGACUAGCUGGAAAAGAAACUGGAGACAAUGUCAGGCUCGCAAGACAGCAGUGCAAGUUCCUGCUUUGGCAUACUGCCGAAGGCAUGUGCUAACACUUGCAUGACAGUGACCUUCUUUGUUUGCAAUGCUCAGGCAGGGGGAGGUAUCCCGACAGUUUUCUUGCAUGCGCUCAAGGGCCAGUUGCAACCAUGGAACUGUCCGUUACAAUUGUGCAAGUGUCGAACUUGUUCGUGCAGGUUUUGCCUCCGAGCAUAAAAGCUCGUAGCUCACUUGUUGUGCAGAAAAGUCAUCCAUCGAGAGGACCGGAGCCACGUCAAAAUUGAGGACAAACGGGGAGACGCAGUGUUUUGCAGUGCCGCUUUUCUUGGCCUUGUGCUUUUCACACUUGUUCUUCGAGGGAUACUCCACCACACCCGUGGAACCAGUGGAUGACACAGUGGAUGUUGGAUUUUCCCGUGCCAUACACGCGUGCCAGUGGCAACAAAGCAUCAUGGAAGGUGACCACUACAGCGGCAGUGUGGUGGCCAAGAAGAGACAAAAGCUAGGCAACAGCAUAGGAAAUUUUUGGGGCUUGACAAACCAGGGCAAGAGUGUGAAACGUGGCAGAGAAGGUCGCAAGAAAAGCCAACCUUAAAAGGCCGGAAUUACUCGAGGGUGGUCCCGUUAGUGCGACACAAAAUGCUGAUGAGCAAGAGCACGAGAGAUGACACCUACACUAAAGGUAAAGGGAAGAAGCAAGAAGACAGGAAGGAGAAAUAAACGAGUGAAGAAAAAGAGGAGCGAAGAUUGCUUUCCUCAACAUGCAAGGUGGAAGACAAGCAGGGAUAUAGGUACAAGCUUUCCAGGUGCCGCUGAACAAGAUUGGAAUACAUUUGCAGUGGCAGAAACGCAAUUCGGGGAUGAAAAGGAGGCUGCCAAGAGCUGCCUUGGGACGAAGAAAGCGGAGGAAGGUGACGGAGUGCCCAGUAUGUUCGGAAGGAUGCCGAAAGAGACAGCUAGCCAACGGGACGGUGCAAUAUGACUAGGAUUCCGUGUUUCCACCGUUGAUGUUUUGGUGAAAUUCAGACGGCGUUUUUCUGAGCCUAUUUUAUGCUAUAAAUUCGGCGUUUAUCGGAGUUCAUAUGUUUAAAUUUUCAAUUUCUGAAAUUUGGUGUUCAAUUUUGCUCUAUUCCCGAUUGUUCAAAAUCUUAAAUAAAACGAAAUAUGGGCGA